AUGGCUGAGGAAGAGCAGGUGACUCCGCUCAAGAGGAGGAAGAAACUUCCAGCUCAAUCCAGGCCCGUUGAACAUGCAAUUCGCAUUAGGGAGCCCAACAUGUCUCAGAAGAUACUUGAUGCCCUGAAGAAGAGAGUUGGGAGAAGCUCAAGCUCGUCCCCUCCGACCAAGAAAUCUAGGGGCGGUGAGGCGACCCUUUCUAAGGAAAAGGCACAAGCCGGAGAGCUUAUCGACCUUUCUGAGGAGCUAACUGUUGCAGAUCCUUCUACUCCAAAAGUUUCUAAGUCCAAGGAUUCUCGAGGAGGAAGCUCAGACACGCCUGAACAAUUAAAUGGCGGAUCCGAGCUGGCCAAGAGUGGAUAUGAGCAAGUGUGGGCUCCUAGUCCACCUUUUCCGGUGCUUCCAGAGGCGAAGAAAGGCAGAGAGAUGCUUGCCCAUUACAUGAACUGGUUGGUUCCUAAGAACGUGGCUUUGUCAACCACCACGAGGGCGGAGGUGGACUUGGCCAAGAAGGAUGCUGAUGACGCCAGGGUGGAGCUCGAAGCUCUCCGACCAGAGCUGGGUGAAGUCAACAAGAAGCUUUUUGCCGCUCAGAAAAAAAUAACUGAGUUGACUAAGGAUCUCAAGGCUUCUGACCGACUUGAAGACACCAUCGGCACCUUAUCUGCAAAAGUUAAUAGCCUUCAAGAUGAAAGGACGGCCCUUCGAGCUUUCUUCUGUCGGCUGGAAGAAGAGAAGAAGUUUAAGGAUGAAGAGCUUACAGCUGAGGUGGCGAGGCUGGAAGAGAAAGUUCAUGCCUUAGAGAAACCAGGUCUCGAGCUCUUUUAUGAUAUUUCGAAGGCUAACCCUCAAGCAAAUUUUGAUUACUUGGGUGAAGCCAAAUAUGUGUAUCUCGAGUAUUGCGCUUCCAAAGUGGCUUAUGGUAAACCUGAGGCGACUGCUUCUACCUCUAGCCAAAAUGUUGAUGUUCCUUCCGCUUAG